AUGCUUGCCAGUUGCCUAUAUAUACAACACACCUUACUCUUCACUCUCUUAAAACUAACCCUCACCAAUUCCAACUUUCUCUUUAAAAAUCUUUUCCAUUCUCUCCAACACUUUGAUAUGUUGUAUACUAGUGACAACUCUUCCUCCACAGCUUCAUCUUCCUACUGCACAUCAUCACCGGACUGGGAGAUGCGGUUAGCAGCGAGUUCCCCGAAGAAGCCAGCUGGGAGGAAGAUAUUCAAGGAAACUCGUCACCCGGUGUAUAGGGGCGUGAGGAAGAGGAACUUAGAUAAAUGGGUAUGCGAAAUGAGAGAGCCAAACAAAAAGACUAGAAUUUGGCUAGGAACUUUCCCAACGGCCGAGAUGGCUGCCCGAGCCCACGAUGUUGCCGCGAUGGCAUUGAGAGGCCGCUGCGCCUGUCUCAAUUUCGCAGACUCGGUGUGGCGGCUCCCAAUUCCCGCAACCUCUGAUACAAAAGAUAUACAAAAAGCCGCUACAGAAGCCGCUGAGGCUUUCAGACCAUACAAAAAUUUACUGACUAAAGUAGUUGACAACACUGUACCGGUCAUGGUUGUACCAGUCAACGCAACAGAUAAGUUGAAUAUGUUUUGGAUAGAGGAAGAAGAAGAAGUGAUGAACACGAAUAUACCAGAGUUAUGGAGGAAUAUGGCUCUAAUGUCCCCUACACAUAGUUUUGGGUAUGAUGAUGAGUAUCAACAUAUUGAUGUACAAGACUAUCAAGAUGAUGAUGAGGAUUUUAAAAAACCUGUUACAAUAAUUUGGGCUGUGACUGCAAUUGGAGUUCAUUCGGAGCAUUUCACCGUAAAAUCAAGGAUCAUGAUCGUUGCCGUGACUGUGACUGCGAACACGACGCGGAUCUUUGUUUUCUUUUUGGUAAGGAAAGGUAUAAAGAUAAAUGAGUGA